GGAAAACCGUUCCACUGAGCGCUGACAGCAGGGAGAAAAAAACCUACAAAGCCCUUUUCAUCUCAUCUCAGUAGCCCCUUAGAGUGCCAUUACUAAGGUGUGCUUGAAGCUUGGCAAACGCGCGCUUAUUUGCGCAAAGGAUUAAUUAAUUUCAACAAACAGACAUUUAAUUGAUUUGUAGAUCGUUUUUCAACCCACUCGAGCCAACUAAACGGGCGAAACCCGGGCUACCAGUAUUAGUUUUUCCGGCUCUUUGCUCUAUCCGUGCAUGUGCUUCCUCCCCCUUUUGCGCAAAGGGAUGCAAACGCCGGCACAUUGGUAUUGGUGUGCAGAAGGCAUUUCUUCUCUCGUUCGGUUCGUCCCGGUUGCCAUGGUGUGUGCGAAACAGCGUCCUUGUGCGGUGUUUGUGUCCGUGCGCGUUUAAAUGCCCUACAGGGAUAGCAGCGCCAUCAACGGCCAUCAGCUGGAAUUAGAGCGCACAUCAAAAACCCAAAACCGCAGCAUCAUCAUCAUCAUCAACACAUCUCGCCCCGUUGCUGGUGUGGCGGUUGCGUGGUCGUCGUCCUUCGCGAAGAUUUCCACCGUGUUUGUUGUGCCGAUUCCGUUUGUCGUACGCAGAAUAAUGGCCGCAUCGGGAGUUUGAUGUGUUCGGUGUUGAUGGUUUUCUUCGUACGUUACUGAAGGUGGUUUCGUGCGUCUGUUUGUGCAAUCAUAUUCGAACUUAAUUGGGAGUACUACCAGUGUCCCAGACGCUUGGUAAAGGACGCGCAGUCCGUUCCAUGGACUAUUGUUAGUGGUUGGUUAGCACGUUGCCCCUUUAAUGUGGUGCUCUCUAUUUGUGGGUAGAAUGUGUUUGAAUAGUCAGUGAAUAACCACCAGUCUGCUGAUGCGUAUCCUUUCGUAUCGGUUGGCGAUUUUCGCAACAACAAAAAAACACACAGAAUCUCAAAUAACCAUCAUCAAUCCUAAUUGUGCUUGAAUCCGGCUAGAGAAUUACACACUCGUCAGCGUUGAAGAGAAGAGUUCCAAGCGAUGGAUCCUCCGCACAAUCCAUUCAAUUUUCAUCUAGGCCCACCGGCGUCCCACGGUGUUCAUAGCCAUCAUCCCGAGCCUACACCGAGUCCUCCGCAAAGUGUUCCAGGACGCCGAACUCCACUCGGUACGGUGGGUCUCGGUGGAUUCUAUGCCCAACCGCACGCAUCUUCUUCUACCCACACCGAUGAAAAUCGUCCCUCGGGAAGUUCUGAAAGCCCACCGCCUCAUCAUCACGCAUCCGUACCACCAGGAAGUUCUGGGAAGCAAAAGAACCGGCAAGGUAAAUCGGUUCGACUGAACAUUAACGCACGGGAACGCCGAAGAAUGCACGAUCUUAAUGAUGCACUGGACGAACUGCGCAGCGUUAUACCCUACGCACAUUCGCCUUCGGUGCGCAAACUUUCCAAGAUUGCUACAUUGCUGCUGGCGAAGAACUACAUUCUCAUGCAGGCAAAUGCCUUGGACGAGCUCAGAAGACUGCUAGCGUACAUACAGAGUGCUGCCGGUGCCAGUAUCCCAACAGUGGAUUUACGCACGAUGCCUUCGGCCCUCAAGCUGCAGCAGUUGCUGCAGGCUCCCCAUCAGGAUCUUACCCUCCAGCAGGUUGGCGGUACUUCUUCAACCAGCACGACAAGUCAGCCACCACCUCCGCCUCCUCCUGCUCCUAGUCAAAAUCCUUAAAACACAAGAAAAACCCUUUCCAGAGGCCAAAUGUGCGCCAACUCAGUCUAGUCGUGUGUGGUGUGAAAUGCUACAAAUGUAACGAUUUGCAAACUAUUAGUUUAAGAUUUUCAAAGCCUGUAGUGUGAUUAAGAUAUUUCAUCUACUCUCUAGUCACUCUAAUUUUGAAACUGAAUAAUGUGUUUUUUUGAUCACUAUCUAUGUAUCGUGUUUUAGAGCCGCGUACCUUGUAGGGUAUUUAGGGAAGCAAUAGCAUGGUUGCCAAAUUAAGUUUAAGAAUUUGUGAAACAAGAAAUAAAACGCAUUAAAAUGAUAA